AUUAAUAAAUUAUGAUAUAUUAAAUUAAUUUAAAUUAUAAAUAAAUAAAAACAUUAGUGAGUGAAUAUGGAUAACCAAUUAUUAUUAGAUCUUUUUAUUAUUCUUAUUGCUAGUUUUUUUAUUAAAAAAGCAGAACCAAUAAAUAUAACCUCAGUUGAAAUUCCACGAGUAGUAAGAGCUGGUAGUGAAGAACCAACAAUACUUGACUGCAAAUACGAUAUGGGAUCAUCAACAAAUAAUGCACUUGUCGUUAAGUGGUCAGUUAAUGAUUUACCUUUAUAUCAAUGGAUCCACAACUCAUUGCCUAAAGGAUCUGAUGAACUUAGUCAGUACGUUGACGCGACUUAUAAAGCUAGCAACGAUUCAAACACAAUGUACAGAGCAGUUAAACUUGUCAGACCGGGGCAUGAACUUUCUGGAAAAAUAAGAUGUAGCAUAUCAUCUCAAGAUGAUGAAACCGAAGCUACCAGAGAAAUGUUAGUUUAUUCUCCAGAAAAGAUUUUUAAAAUACUAGAUCCAACGAUAAACGAAGAUUCGACACAACUAACCACAAGGUGCUUAGCUGAAGACCUUUAUCCACUUCCUACGAUAAAGCUUUUUCAAGACAAUCAGCCAAUAAAAAAACAAAGGCAAUAUUACAAAAAUAAAACUGAUGGUCGACAUAACGUUGAGGCUAAUGCUACUUUAGAGAUGGACCAAAUUAAAUUACCAACAGUAUUCAAAUGUGAAUUAUUUAUUAAAGAAGCUAAUUAUACUUCAGUAAUAAAAUAUGUAUACAAUGGAGGAUCUCUUAAAUCGGAUGUUUCACUACUUUUGUUCUUCUUAAUUAUUGGACUUUUUGUCACCAACAAUUUAACCAACCCAAUUAUCAGCUUCACCACCAUUACCAUUAAGACGACAACUCACGGUUUAUGUUAACCAGAAAUUUUAUUAUUAAUUAUAAUAAAUGCCCUGCAAAAUUAUUAGUAAUAUUUAAAUUUCAUUG